ACAGACACAUCUAACACGAUGGGCAAGAAAGACACACAGGCCAACCGUGGAGCCCAAGUGGACAUGUACCGCAAACAAAUAGGUAAACAAGAUUACAAGAAGAGUAAGAAUGAAGUGAAGAAAAGCAAAGACCGGGCCGGCAAGAUCCAGUCUGCUAUGGGCAUCAAGGAUGUGGUGCUCUUGCUGACUGGGUUCCUGUUGGUAAUCGUAGCUGUAUAUGUGAUUCUGUAUGUGAGUCUGGACCAGGGCGGGACAGGACAAACAGAGGUUUAGACUGAUGUUAGAAACACAGCAUUGCAAUACUGGGCAUUACGAGUACUGUCUGACAGACAUUAUCAUGUGUAAUCCAUCUUGUCACAAAAAAAAAUGAUAACUUUAUUGAAUACAUGUACUGAACAUUCCAUUAAAUGAAUGUUUGAUCAGUGAAGAUCUGGAUCAUUGUUUGAUCAGUGAAGUUCUGGAUCAAUGAUGUGAAAUAUAUAGAAUCAUUUUCUAGCCAUGAUAUACCAUAGCCAAAACUUGAUUGUUCUCAUCUAAAAACUUUAGGUUUAUAGUUGAAAUUUCUUUAUGACAGUUUUGCAUUGCAAAUAUAUUAAAAUAUAUGUACAAGUACUAACUAAACAUCUAACAAUGAAAAAAAAACGGUUUCAAAAAGCCAAAUUUACAUUUUGAUAAAUGAAUUAAUGUAUAAGUAACAUUUUAAAGUUUAUGUAGAAAGUUCACUGAAGAGAAGUCAGACUAUUCAAAAAGCAAACCAUUGUAGAAUUAUGUUUGAUCAUAUAAUAAACAUAAUUGGUCACAUGACAUACCUAAUUGGUCACAUGCUAUUAGGAUACUAAUUGGUCACAUGGCAUUAAUUGGUAACACGAUAUAUACAGGGGCAUGUGUACACAUGAGAUGUGUAGGGCUUGCUACAUGUAUAAGUUAUCUCAACUCCAAAUCUGUCUCAGCAGAAGCUACCUGUAAUACAGGGAGUAUGAUUAGAAAUGCAUGGAUAAAAAACAGGUGUGCUAUCCAACUUGUACACACUUGUACCUUUUAUGCAACUGAGUAGAAGAAUCUGUAAAAGCUCGGUGAUCUUGUUUUCUUAUUUCUCUGAUAAUAUAUUUGUUAUAACUAAGUUUGCUUAUUGAAUACAACACGUGCUAAUAUAAACUAGCCAUGUACUGUAUGAUGAUAGAGUCGCUAUCACAUUACAGCUCAAUUUCAAUGCCAAAGGAAUUGUAAGAAUGCAGAAACACCAGUUAAUUGUACAUGUAUAAUGUAUCCCAUUUCAUCAGGGGUGUCUUUUGGCGACAUGGUCGUGUGACUGAUAACAUGACAGGAUUACAAAGAUAGUGUCGGACAAAUGUAAAAAGGGCAGUUAAAAAUGUCAUUUACCGAUUUUGACAUAUAUUAAGAUGCAAUUAUGUGAGGGGAAAAUUACAACAUUGGUUAAAAAGUGUUUGCAAGAAAUA